ACAAAGCCAAGCCUCGGCCACCCUGUCUCCGGAACUGCAGCCCCGUCGCGAAGGACAUCAAAAGGUGUGCAUGAGAAUAAAUGCUGUGAGAUCUGGAAUCGAGCAGCAGGAAUACACUCUCCUGCACAGAGGCUCACACUGGUCAGUGCAAGGGUCAACAACACUACUGCCUGCUGCCAGGGAACCAGAACUUUUCAGCCAGUAAGAGAACUGACCACGAUCUAAACUAACCUUUGGAUUUAGGCGUUCAGGGAUCACAAUCAUUUUAUCUAAUUGUUGCAUCAGCCCAUCCAUCGAUAAUCAAAGAAGGCACAAAAUAGAAAGCUGCAGAUUGUUUUUCCCAUGGCGAGCAUUUGGGUCUCUCAACCGGGAACCAUCUGCAGCUCCAAGACUUUGCUUUUGCUGUUUUCCAUCCUGCUACUCGAGCAGCUUCUCUGUGGACAGGGCAGCCCGAUCUCCAACACCCAUCAGAGGCAUCGCCCCGCUCCGGGGCUGGGAGACGGGCACGGAGGGGUGGUGGAUCCAUCACUGCUGGAGCAGGACAACAACAUGAGCAUGCAGAGCCUGCUGGUGAGCCUGAAGGAACAGUUCCUGCGGACUUUCAACCUGUCUGGCUUGGGUCCCCCUCCCCUGCCUCCUGGAAGCACUCGAGAAGAGCCACCUGAGUACAUGAUGGAGCUCUACAACCGCUUCGCUAAUGACCGCACUGCAAUGCCCACCGCCAACAUCAUCCGCAGCUUCAAAAACGAAGACUCAUCUGCCAGUGUUGUGGGUGUUGGAGGAGUGAGGCGCCACCCGCUCCUCUUUAAUGUGUCAGUCCCCCAUCAUGAAUGCAUCACAGCAGCCGAGCUUCGCCUCUACACCCUUGUCCAGACUGACCGCCACCUCUAUGCCGGUGUCGACCGCAAGGUCACUAUCUACGAACUGGAAUCGCAUGACGAAGAUGACAACAUGACUGAUGAGAACACCAUGAGAGGCGAUGGAUUCAGAGGGGGCGGAGAGCGGAUAGAGCUGGUGGAGUUGGCCUCACGCCAGGUCUAUGGCACAGAUAACGGCUGGGAGGCUUUUGACCUCACUGCUGCUGUCCAACGCUGGCGCAAAUCUGACACCAGCACUACUCACCGGUUGGAAGUGCACAUUGCCAGCAUGGUUAAUGAAGACACUGUUCAAGGUCUGACAGAGGACAGCAAAGACAGGGAUCCACCUGAAGGGGACAUGAAGAUUGACACCAGCCCUGAGGAAAAACACAAACCUCUGCUGAUUGUUUUCUCUGAUGACCAAAGCAGCGACCACCGUGAUGACAAGCGCGAGCUGAACGAGAUGAUUGACCACGAAACUUCUAACAUGGUUCUCCAGAAUGACUUGGGGACAGACCUGAAUGGGCUGUGGGGGGACCUGGGGAGGGACAGGGAUGAGGAAGAAGUUGAGCCUGAUGAAGAGGACCUGAUCCAAAUGCGCUCCAACCUGAUCUACGACACAGCAUCCCGCAUUCGUCGCAACGCCAAGGGAAACCACUGCAAGAAACAAUCUCUGUACGUAGAGUUCAAAGACAUCGGAUGGGACAGUUGGAUCCUUGCACCCACUGGUUAUGAUGCCUUUGAGUGCACUGGCAUUUGUUCUUUCCCACUGACGAAGCACGUCACACCCACCAAGCAUGCCAUUGUCCAAACAUUGGUGAAUAUCAACAGUCCUCAGAAGGCGGCACGAGCUUGUUGUGUGCCCACCAAGCUGGAUCCCAUCUCGCUGCUGUAUCUGGAUGACACAGGCGUGGUCACCUACAAGUACAAAUUUGAAGGCAUGGUGGUGGCUGAGUGUGGCUGCAGAUAGUCCAUGCUUUGACUUUGACUCUUUGUAAAGUCUUACAGUAAGAGGAAAGACGCAGAACUAACAAUAAGCUGUAAAAGGAGAUAAGCCAAUACUGUCUUCAGUAAAAGGACACUAGGAAUCUCUGUGAGGGUUAUGCAGUGAUAUUGGAAGUGAACAUUCACUAUUUAUGACACUGUGCACGCUUCAAAUGAAUGAGCGUGGAAAAAUACGUAUAUGUUUUAAACUGCAAACUAGAAACAAGUUCUUCAUCUUACACGGCCAAAGGCAUGAAUCUGAGUUGCCAUCAUUCAGAUAGUGGAGAGACAGUGUGCAGCAGAUCUACAGUCAGCAUGUCGCCAGUAGUGAUGCCAAGGUGUGUCCUCAUACUCACAAGAAUAAAAAGGCACAAGCUUUCCCAAAGUACUGAACCGAACACAUCUUACUGACUGUGCAGCCUGGUGGGAACUAGUGGGCCAGUUGUCCCCCACCCUCCUCUCUCCCCUGACAUCUGUCUUCCUCUUCACUUAUCUCUGACUUCCCCACUCGAUGCAAACACUAAUCAGCACUUCAUGUGUCCUGGCGCAGCGAAAUGACCUCCCUGAGGCAACCUGACAAGACAUGAACUCUCCAGGCCCACCUCCUGCCUCCUGCAGCCUCCUGAUACGUAGGCGCUGUGCAAGGGUCCUACUGGCAGGGUUAUCUAUCCCAACCCUGUUUCCCACUUCACAUGCCUCUUUUCCACUCCCCCGAGCUACAGCGAUAGCAAGGUGUGGGCAGUUGAGAAACAUGUAUGCCACCACUCAAGCUUGGAGAACUGGACACCAUUCUGGGCAACAUUUGAGGUGGUGGGAUGGGGGAGUGGGACCGGACAAGAGGGCAAGGGUUGUCCACAUUCCAAGGCAACAAACAAUCUUAACUGGCUCAACUCUCUGACCGAGCACCAUGUGCCCCAAACGUAUCUCUCUGUGAGUCAUGCAUCACUUUUAUGGUAAAAAUGGCCUUUUUGGACAGUUAUUAUAUGAAGGCUGAAAUCAAGAGUGGAAAAGGAGAUGCCUUGUAACAUUCUCUUUGUGGAUAUACCCAAAGGAAAUGCAGUUUCUUUUGUUAAAAGCCUUUUGAUACCUCUGCUGCUUGUGUCAAAGAAAAGACUAUUUAUUGCUCUAAUUUAUUAAUUUUUACAACAGAGUAGAUAACUAUAUAUGUACAUUUGUAAGUUACUUAGUGUAGAGCAGGUUUUAUAUCUGUGACAAUGCAUUUGCAGCACGAAAUUCAUUUUGUUGGGAAGAGAAAUGGUAACAAUUUCUAAAACAAUAAAGAACACUUACUUAACAAAUCCUGAAUGAACAGCGUCCUUAACUAUGAGUUAAUUCCUGAGCUAAAAUGCUACACUGAUGUUGUUUGUUGUACACAAUCUAUUUUCCACGUUACAAAGAUCAAUUACCAAUCAAAGCAUAUUGGUCUGUCAGCUUUGCAUUACGUUAGGAAGAAGC